CACAGCUUCUUCGUGGCUCUGUGUUCUCAUGCAGAACCAGCACUGACAACAGAUGCAAACUUUCUUUGCAGAAACAAAAACAAGGAACUGAACAAUUGCAAGUAUGGCAGUGCCACUGGCAGAAACCCCUUGGCGCUCGAUGCCAGAUGAGAUCCAGCAUCCCUAUUCCAAGUUCUCCGACUGGAAGUUCAAGCUGUUCCGUAUCAAGUCCAUUGAGAAGGCUCCACUUCCCCGGGAACAAGAGACCCAAACUGCCCAUAUUAUUUUAUCAGAACCUUCAAAAGAUGAAGAAAUGAUGGGGGUUAAAAGUCCCUCAAUGGGUGUCAUGAAGCUCUGCUUGGGAGCAAAGACCAAGGAGACUGUGGAGAACAGUCGAGUGGAUCUGAAGAUUGUGGAGAUAGAAACCCACAUGGCGCGACUGGUGUCUCUCUGCAGGCUCUGUGGUGGGGCUCUGAAAAGAGGCAAGACCAACCUAGAGCAUGAGGUCCAGGGCCCUUUGGAUGACACGAGCCGAGAUGCGCUAAGGAAGAUGGGGUGCAAGGCCCGAGGCUGGCCGGAGGUCAUUCUGAAAGUCUUCAAGGUGGACGUGACAAGUGACCUAGAAACAGUUCACCCCACCUUCUUCUGCCACCGCUGCUGGAAGGUGGCUAUGCGAGGGGGAGGCUUCUGCUGCUUCUCUAACACUCGAGUUCCCCAGUGGAAACCGCAUUCAGCAUACUGCAGGCUCUGCUCCCAGACAGGCGUGUCUCUCAAAAGGAAGUACAAGGCUCCCAGCUCCCACAUAGCCAAGAGGACCAGGUUAGACCUUCAUGAACGAGGUGUCAGGGGCCGGAAACCCAAAAGUCUGGGCAACGGCAAGGUGUGGGCCAAACCUCAUGCUCAAAGAAGCUUAUGGGUCAAAAAGAUCACAGGCUGCAAAAACAUCCACCUCAGCACUAAUCUCCUUCUUGGGGACUACCCAGCUGAUUUCGUCCGUUCCGUCAGCUGCCAAGUGUGUGAUCACCUGCUUGCUGACCCUGUCCAGUCAUCAUGCAAGCACCUCUUCUGCCGAUUGUGCAUCCUGAAGUACAUUCGUGCUCUUGGAACCCAUUGCCCUGCCUGCAGGCAGCCCUGCAUCCCAUCUGACCUGGUCACUCCAGCUAAAGCUUUUAUGGUCAUUCUCCACUCCCUCGUGAUCAGGUGCCCGGCGCAGGACUGUGACGAGCAUGUGCGGUUAGAGGACUAUGGGGCGCAUACCCUGAGCCACCAAGAAGGCCAAAGCAACGACAAUUACUUGCCGGUGAAUAAAGGAGGGAGACCACGUCAGCACCUGCUCUCACUGACCCGCAGAGCCCAGAAGCACCGACUGAGGGGGCUGAAGCACCAGGUGAAGGUGUUUGCAGAGAAGGAAGAAGGGGGAGACAUCAAGUCCGUCUGUCUCACCCUCUUUUUGCUGGCCCUGAGAGCAGGCAAUGAGCACCGACAGGCGGACGAGCUGGAGGCCAUGAUGCAAGGAAGAGGAUAUGGGCUACAUCCUGCUGUUUGCCUUGCCAUCCGAGUCAACACCUUCCUGAGCUGUAGCCAGUAUCACAAGAUGUACCGCACUGUCAAAGCAACCAGCGGGAGGCAGAUCUUCCAGCCUUUGCACACCCUCCGUAAUGCAGAGAAAGCCCUGCUCCCAGGAUACCACCACUUUGAGUGGCAGCCAGCACUGAAGAACGUCUCCACCAGCACAGAUGUCGGGAUAAUAGAUGGGCUUUCGGGCUGGACGCCUUCUGUGGAUGACCAACAGAUGGACACCAUCACUCGGAGGUUUCGCUACGAUGUGGCUCUUGUUGCAGCUUUGAAAGACUUGGAAGAGGACAUUCUGGAGGGCAUGAAGGAACAGGGGUUGGAUGAUAGCUCCACUGAGGGCUUCACUGUUGUGGUCAAGGAGUCCUGUGAUGGCAUGGGAGAUGUCAGUGAGAAACACGGGAGUGGCCCAGCAGUUCCUGAGAAAGCCGUCCGCUUCUCCUUCACCAUUAUGUCCAUUUUGGCUCGGAAUGAAGAAGGGGAAAAUGUGAAAGUCUUCCAUGAGCUGAAACCAAACUCUGAGCUCUGCUGCAAACCCCUGUGCCUGAUGUUUGCAGAUGAAUCUGACCAUGAAACACUAACCGCUAUCCUGGGGCCUGUGAUGGCCGAACGGGAAGACAUGAAAGAAAGCCGUCUAAUCCUUUCCAUCGGAGGUCUCCUGAGGUCCUUUCGAUUUAUUUUUAGGGGAACAGGGUAUGAUGAAAAACUGGUUAGGGACGUAGAAGGACUUGAGGCAUCUGGCUCAACUUACAUCUGCACCCUCUGUGAUUCGACAAGGGCAGAAGCUUCCAAGAACAAGGUGCUCCAUGCAAUAACUAGGAGCCAUGAGGAGAACCUGGAGAGGUAUGAGAUCUGGAGAACCAACCCCUACUCAGAGUCUGCAGAUGACCUGCGCGAUCGGGUCAAAGGAAUCUCGGCAAAACCCUUUAUGGAGACCCAGGCAUGCAUCGACGCAUUGCACUGCGACAUCGGGAAUGCCACUGAGUUCUACAAAAUAUUCCAAGAUGAAAUCGGAGAAGUCCACCUGAACAGCAGCCCCACCAAGGAGGAGAGGAAACGGUGGCAAUCUGCUCUUGACAAACAGCUGAGAAAGAAAAUGAACCUCAAGCCAGUCAUGAGAAUGAACGGCAACUUUUCACGAAAGCUGAUGACCAGAGAGACAGUGGAGGCAGUGUGCGAGUUGGUGCCCUCCAAGGAGCGGCAGGAGGCCCUCAGGGAGCUCAUGCAUCUCUACCUGCAGAUGAAGCCUGUUUGGCGCUCCACCUGUCCUGCCAAAGAGUGUCCUGACCUGCUCUGUCGUUACAGCUUCAACUCCCAGCGCUUUGCUGAGCUCCUGUCUACCACCUUCAAGUACCGCUACGAUGGAAAAAUCACCAACUACCUCCACAAGACCCUCGCCCACGUGCCUGAGAUCAUCGAGAGAGACGGGUCUAUUGGGGCUUGGGCAAGCGAAGGGAACGAGUCCGGGAACAAGCUCUUCCGCAGAUUCCGCAAGAUGAAUGCCAGGCAGUCCAAAAGCUACGAGUUGGAAGAUAUUCUCAAACACCACUGGCUCUAUACUUCCAAAUACCUCCAGAAGUUCAUGGAGGCGCACAAGAAUUCAGCCAAAGCACUGGAAGCCACCAUCAAUCCAGUGGAGACCCAAGACGAAGAUAUCGAUGUCAUGGACUCAAUUGAAUUUUGAGCAAGCCAAGGCAGUGCUGUUGUUUUCCUGAAAACUGGUUCUUGUUUAGAACUAAGGCUGUUGGCCAGGAAGACCGAGGAAAACAGUCUUUAAAUUAGCUGCGACAGCCGAAUGGCUUGAAUUCGGCCACUUAUAUGAUUUAGUUCAGGCUGAGUGAUGGAAGGGAGGAAGUAAAAGACUUUCUUUAAGGCCUAUGUCAUGCUACAGCAGACAGUUCGGUCAUAAGAGAAGAGAAAGAAGCAUAUCACUUUUUAACAAAGAUCUGCAAAUUACUAUAUGCUUAUGUGGCUUUGAGGAUUUAGGAAGUAUAUUGUUUUUGUGAGGCAAAAGUGUUAUU